CUGCCCGUUCCCAAGAACUCGAUACCCACCUUCAAACCAAAGCUUAAGUUGAUAACGCACCCCAUCACUUUCUCUUAGACUUCCCAAAUUCCAUUGCUUUUUCCUUCACUAGACAUGGCCGACGUCUCUCAUAAGUCUCCCUCGCAAGCCGAAACUCAAGAACAAAGUGUUCUCCAGAAGCACGUGUCCUUCUUCGAUCGGAACCACGAUGGCAUCGUUUACCCAUGGGAGACCUUCAAAGGUUUUAGGGCAAUUGGGUGUGGGAUCCCUCUGUCCACCUUCGCCGCCGUUUUCAUCAAUGUCGGUCUCAGCCAGAAAACUCGUCCGGGAAAGUUUCCUUCGUUGUUAUUCCCAGUUGAGGUUGGCAACAUCCACAAAGCCAAGCAUGGAAGCGACUCCGGCGUUUACGACACCCAAGGAAGGUUUGUCCCCGAGAAAUUCGAAGAAAUUUUCACCAAGCAUGCGCUUACUUAUCCUAAUGCUCUUACUUCGGAUGAGCUGAAGAAAAUGCUGCGGGCCAAUAGAGUUCCCAAGGACUAUGCAGGAUGGCUAGCUAGCUACUCAGAAUGGAAGAUCCUGUAUGUUCUCUGCAAAGACAAGAAUGGUUUGCUUCAAAAGGAGACAAUCAGGGCCGUUUAUGACGGAAGCUUAUUCGAGCGGAUGGAACGGGAGCAUGCAGCGGCUCGACAGUAAUUAGCUGCCACAUUUGUCGAGAUCGACGGGACCUAUAGCUACUGAUAAUCAAACUCAACAUAAGUUGUUUUGCUUAAUUUGAAUUUACUUCACAGUUGAUUGGUUUAUUACUAUGAUUGAAUUGCAUUCAUUAGGUUGUUUAGGUGGUUCCUUGCAUUAAUCAAUGUAAUUAUGAUUAGUAUGUGUUUGAAAGGUAUGAUUCUUUUGAGUGGCAGUGUGGGAUGAAAUUAUAUUUUAAGCACCU